AUGUUGGUGCGUGGCGUUAGAAGAAACGUCGCCAGACUAGCUCAAUUGCCAGUGGCCAGAGCUUCAUGCGUGCGUUUGAACAGCACUGUCUCUACUUCUGCUCCUGUGGACCCCAAAAUCGCCAAAAUCGUCGAAGAUAUCUCUAGAUUGACACUUCUGGAGACCAGUUCGCUGAUCAGUGAGCUAAAAACCCAACUAAACAUUCCUGACAUUGCUAUGCCUGUUGCUGGUGCUGUGCCAGCUGGUGGUGCUGCCCCAGCUGCGGUGGAAGAAGCCAAGGAAGAAGAGGUCAAAGAAGAAAAGACCAUCUUCUCUAUAAAACUCGAGUCGUUCGAUGCCAAAUCCAAGCCAAAGGUCAUUAAGGAAGUGAAAAACCUACUGGGACUAUCGUUGGUGGAAGCUAAGAAGUUCGUGGAGGCUGCUCCUAAGGUGCUGAAGGAAAAUGUCGCUAAGGAGGACGCCGACAAGAUCAAGGCCGCCUUGGAGGGUCUUGGUGCCAAGGUCGCAUUGGAGUAA